AUGGUUGGUGACCUCUUUCAGAGGUCCGAGCGCUGCCCACGCUGCUUUCUGCCGUCUUACCAGUUCUUCUCUCAUGUCGUUGUCCAUAUUCAUGGAACGCCCGAGAUAAACGUAGAGGUCUCCUUGAUGGGUGUACCAUCGAUCUUAAUUUGACCUUCGUCGGCCCAAGCAUUCUUCAUGAACUGUGUCUUUGUUUGGUUGAUCCGCAGCCCUACCUUCUUUCCUGCUUUAUUAAGCUCAGCGAGCAUAGCCUCAGCUUCCGCAAUGCUGCUUGAAAAGAGAACGAUGUCGUCCGCAAAGCGUAGAUUUGAGAGGAACCGUCCGUCCACACGAAUGCCCUUUUCAUCCCAGUCGAGCGACUUCAUAACCCACUGCAGCGCGGCUGUGAAUAGCUUCGGCGAAAUAGUGUCGCCUUGUCUCACACCCUUCCCUAUGGGAAUGGGGAGAGGUCGUUGGAACAGCUUCACCGUCGCGCUACAACGACUGCUGCAGUCAGCUAGUGUUCUUAUGUAG